AUGAGGCCGUCUAUCCUGUUUUGUUUUGUCGGGCUAGGUGCUGCUUUACAUCUUCUUCCACCUCGUCCGACGAAGAUAUUUGAGCUCACUCUAACUUGGGGUACCGAGGCGCCCGAUGGGGUUGAGCGUCAACAAGCCUUGAUUAAUGGCCAAUUCCCUGGCCCCCCUCUCAUCUUUGACGAGGGCGAUAAUGUGGAGGUGACAGUGAACAAUCUCUUGCCAUUUAACACCACCAUGCAUUGGCAUGGCAUUGAAUGUGCGGAUUCUAUAUUGAUCAAUGGCAAAGGUAGAGUGCGCUGCGUCGACUCUGCCUAUUUGACCACCCUGACUCCUGCCCCAUUGGUCCCUCUGCUCCAGGGCAAGAACUACACAGACAAAGGGUGUCUUCCAGUUCAAAACACCUAUGCUCAAACAACAUUCUCUCAGCACAAUUACACUGCAAUCCCACCUUCAAUGUUUGAUGAAUGCAGUGCGACGGAGUCUAUAGAGGAAGUGGUUAGAGUGGAUCCCCGGAAAGGUUGGGCAUUGACACUUAGUAACGGUGCUCGCUACUCCGUUCUGGUUCAACUCAAUAACACGCCAGGUAACUACCUGAUUACAGCAGCCAAUGCAGGACUGAAUCAAAAGAUUGCCGGGUACGGCGCUUUCUCCUAUGUCAACGGUGACCCCUCCGUUGUGGGUAAACCAUCAAUCGACUAUGCUGGAAACAACAUGAGUGCAGAAGUUGUUGUCUUUGACGAAAAUAAGAUUAAGCCACUCAUCCCGAGUCGGCCUAGAGAGGAAGCCGAUCAAACAUACGUGCUCACUAUUGGCCGCAUUGAAAAGGCUUGGAAAUGGUCUCUCAAUGGGCAGCAUUCCUAUGGUCUGUCUUUGGAGUCAGAGAAGCCGAUGUUAUGGGAUCCCCUGUCAUAUGCAAACAGUGACCUGGUGAUGGCUACGAAAAACGAUACCUGGGUAGACAUUGUUUUCGCGGUGCCUGGCAACGCAUCAACUCUCCAACCAGGUCAUCCGAUUCAUAAGCACUCCAACAUGGUUUAUGUUCUAGGUGCCGGCAUGGGCGAGUUCAAGUGGACUUCUGUCGCAGAGGCUCAACGGGAGAUCCCAGAGAUGUUUAACCUGGUUGACCCUCCAAUGAGAGAUACCUUCACAACGCUUCCUGCCUUGCUAAGCCCAAGCUGGUUAGCAGUCCGCUAUUAUGGUAGGCCUUCCUAUCGCUUUCUGUUUCACUCUCUCCCCCCCUUCUCUCUUUGUUUUUCGAAGAAAAAAAGACUAACAUGUAUCAUAGUACAAAAUCCUGGGUUUCGACUAACCAACCAGGCCUUCUUCCUCCACUGCCAUAUCGAUCCACACCUCACUGGAGGAAUGGCACUCGCAAUAUUGGACGGGAUAGAUGCGUGGCCUAGAAUUCCUGAACAGUAUGGCCCAAAAGGCCAUUGGGGGAAAGCCACCUGA